AGCUGAGGAACGCCUUCAAGCUGUUACUAAAAUCAAUAGUUACCACCAGACAUCGUGCAGCACAGCCUGCCAGAUCGGCUAAAACUACAAACAGUGAGAAGAUGUGGAUCCUAUUAGUGUUCAUUGGCUGCAUGAUUUCGCAAACAUCUGGGAAAUGCUAUGACCCCAAUCUCUCAUUAUACGUUACAGGUGAUGGCUACAUCCGGGCUCGUUUAAGUGCUGCAACAUUAAAGAUGGCCGCAAAUGGGUAUAUUGGAACAAGAUGUGGACUCAGAUGUGGCUGUUUUGCCAUGGUUUUCCUAUGCUGCAGUGACAAUGAGUGUAUCACCAUGGACCACGCCUGCCCUCCACGCCGCCUACACCGACGACAAAUGUCUCUACACUCGUCUCCACAGCUGAUGGAUCAAUCACAGUUCAAGUCGGAUUCCACAAGUAUUCAUACUGAGCGUCUUGACCCGGAAGUAAAUCUCGUACAGGGCCAAGGUCAUGAUGUUCCCGCUCUGAUAGCCCAUGCUCCUCCACAACCUCAUGAAGGUCAAUCACCAGUAUAUACUGACAGUACCGUUUCCACGAAUGCCAUUUCAAGCAAUGUCAUCGACCACGAAGCAUUCGCAAGCAGUGUUAGAAACACAAACGUUUCAACACCUGUGACUCAUAGUAGCCAACUGGGGAAGAAAAGAAGGUUGAAGCUCAUUGAAGUCCUAAAAUUGAUGAUGAAUAAAGACAAAUAAAUUCGAAAAGCUCUUUUGACAGCCACACGAAAUAUUCAACUAUAUCGUAAUCAUGUGUUUAUGAUUCAAUAUCAAAUAUUGAUCAUGCCUUUCUCUGAUUCAUUAUUUCACAAUUGGAGGCAACAUGGCCGUAGUUACAUUUCAUAUACGACAAAUCGUACAGUAUAUGGAGGUAUAUGGAACAGUCGUUUUACAAUACAUAUUUUCAUUGACAUGA